AUGUCGGUCGGUUGCCUGCCGGAUCGUACUGGUACUGGUCGCACGUCCGCUCAAGGAAACGGUGCCGACUUCGUCGUGUAUGUGAACACCGCUCAGGAGUUCGAUGGCUCGGACAGUGGUGCACGCCCCGACGAGGCAGUGAGCUGGGGAAAGAUCCGGAUGGACGCCAGGCCGGUGAAGGUUUAUGCGGAAGCUACUCUGGUUGUCCCGCUGAUUGUGGCGCAGACGUUUGCAGCGCGGUUGCACAGGGGACAAUGGCAACCCCACGAUAGCAUCUUCAACAAGGCCUUCACUGCAUCAGAGUUGGAGCAAGAAAAGAAGAAGGUGUUCCCUGACAGAUAG